AUGUGGCGCGCGAUCCCCUUCUACCUCGCCUUCACCGGCGCCGUGCUAGCCCUGUUUAUCACCAUCGAGGCCCCCGGCGCCCCUAGCCUGGAGGAACUCGGUGCCGGUACGGCCUCGGGUAUCGUCCUGGGCACCUUCGCCGGUAUUCUCGUUAUUUCCUACAUUUUCUUCCGGCCCUACUUUCACCGCGUCGUCAUCCUCCAGGGCCCCCGUAUCCGUCCCUGGCACAUCCCCCUGGGGCCUUUGCUCUGGAGGGACGACCCGCCUUUGUACUUCCCCGGCAAGGGAGACUCCAUCGUGCGAGACUACUACUUGAGCGCCCACAGCGAUUCCUCGGAGCCGCCGGAACAUGACGACCCUAGUGACCCCAAGGCGCUUUCCAAGUCGGACAACGCCCAGUUAGUGUCCGACGGCGUCGGCGGCGGCGACGACUCGGUGACCGAGAAAAAGGUCGACCCCGAGACUCCCCACACUCACGGUAUCAAGAACAGCAACGAAAAAGGACGGGAUCACGCCACGGCUUUGGGUACUGCCAGCAGCAGCAGCAGCAGCAGUGCGACAACACCGCCAGCCCCGGCCCUCGAAGACGUCGAGCGCGGCCAUAUCAUCCGCCGCCGCCGCGCCCGCAAGCCCGAGCCCGAAGAGCGGUUCCUCGCCCCGACAGCCCACCUGUCCAUCUACCACCCGCGGCGGCAGUGGAGCUUAGUCAAGUACUUCCUCCUGCAAGGCGUGACGCGGGACUACGUGACGCACGAGUCGCUAGCGCUAGCGGCGGUGCACGGGCGGGCGAAGCAGUACCAUAACCGCGUCGAGCACCUGUGGACGUACGCGCAGGUGGCGAGCGCCAUCAUGAUGUCUAUCGCCCACGGGUCUAACGACGUGGCUAACGCGGUAGGCCUAUGGGUAGCCUCGUAUCAGGUCUACCUCGACGGCGAGAUUCUCGUCAUCGCCGGUUUCCUCCUCGGCGCCGGCUUCUGGUUUAUAGGCCACUAUAUUAUUAGGGCGCUCGGGAAUAAGAUCACGCAGCUAAGCCCUACGCGUGGUUACGCCAUGGAGCUGGGCGCCGCUAUUACGGUGUUGUUGGCUAGCAGGCUCGGGUUACCCGUGAGCACCACGCAGUGUCUGACGGGUGCCGUAGUCGGUGUGGCCUUGAUAAAUCUGGACACCGGGGCUAUGAACUGGCGCCAGCUGGGGUGGGUCUUUGGCGGCUGGAUUCUGACCUUGCCUGCUGCCGGUCUAAUAUCCGGGUUGUUGACCGUCAUGGCCCUCAAUGCCCCGCAGUUUCGGUGA